ACACUUGCAGCAAUUGAUAUACAAAAUGAUACGAGCAUUAAACUAGAAUGGCAAUUGCAGCAGAGUGGUUGCAAAUAGUUAGAGUCUUUGAAAUGCAGCGUCAAUUCAAACGUUUGCAAGCGCUUGUGCUAUUGAGCUUUAUAGCCAUCUUCUGCCUUGAUCUUUCUUGCGCCGAGAACCGUCACGAUAAUAAUGAAGAUGCCGGAGUCCCAUUAAAGAUUAUAAAGUUUCUCAAUGAGGAAAGCAGCAGAGCUAAAUUACUCGCUGAUACCACCAAUGAUAGGCGUGAAGUGCAAUCUGAUGAUAUACGACAAUUUCCGGCAGCGAGAUCAUUUGAAGGUCAUAAAAAACCUGUGAAAAUGUAUCGCUUUGGUGGCCAUUGAAGUAAUUUCUAUUGGCUGCAGAAUCAUUAUUAGAGCUAUUGAAAUAAAUUGAAAAAAUA